AUGUGCACAGUGCAGUUUCGCAAUUUUGUAUACAUGGAAGUUGCAAUGUUUAAUGAAAGUCAUCGCGCCCCGGUGCCUUCGACUGUUUUGUUUGAUCUCUCCGUAGAAGGAGGAGUCAAAAGAAGUUCGGGGAUUGUCAGUCAUAAGCUGGAUGUUUCUAAGGGCAUCUACACAAAAACUCACGAGUACAGAAACUUCAUGAUCCAUAAAAGAAUCUACGCUCAUCGGGAAAUUCCAAAUCUGCUGGUGGCCGAGAUUGACUGUGUCCGAAUACGAGCUGAUGUCGGAAUGCCUACAAUUAAGUUGAAUCUUACAAAAUGGCAAGAUUCUGGUGAAAUUAUGUUUGAAAAGGAGCCAAAUAUCCUCCCCAAUACUAGUUUGAAAGUUGGAAGAUCACUGGCUCCGGAAACAGUGGGUAUGGUUGAUGUAGAUUUGAAGUUGUUCGUUAUGUACGAUCACUUGCCAAAAACCUUGAAACCAUCGAAAAAAAUGUUGAG